AUGAUAAAUUCUCAUCAUCGCUUGCCUCUCAACAAGCUGUUACUGAUGCAACAACAAUCGUUGUUGAUGAAGACUUCAUCCUCUUCAACAUCAUUUAUUUUGAAUCAUUAUCAUCAACAGAGUCUCAAUGCUCGCUGGUUUAGUUCGACCCGAAGUGUUAGAGACGAAAUUAUUCCUACAAAGAAACCCGUAAAUAGGCUCUCUACCAAGUUUACUCCUUUUAUGAGAAAGUCGGCACAAGAAUAUCAAAAAGAUGUUUCCGAUACCAUUGAAAGUCAUAAGGCAUUAGUGGAAGGUGGAUAUAUUAAGCAAAUUUCAUCAGGAGUUUAUACGUUUUUGCCUUUGGGAACCAAAGUUUUAGAGAGACUCAUUGCUGUCAUUGACAAGUCACUUCAAAAGAUUGGCUGUGAAAAGGUCAUAAUGCCUUCAUUGCUUCAUCAAGAAUUAUGGGAAGAAACUGGAAGAUGGCAAACUUCUGGAAAAGAGUUGUUUCGACUCUCUGAUAGAAAGGAUCACAAAUAUUGUUUAGCUCCAACUCAUGAAGAAUGUGUUACAGAUGUGGUUCGCUCUCUUGUUACCUCAUACAAACAGGUACCUUUAAGACUUUAUCAAAUCGGAGUGAAAUUUAGAGAUGAGUUGAGACCAAGAUAUGGUUUAAUGAGAGCUAAAGAAUUUCUUAUGAAAGAUUUGUAUUCCUUUGACCUCGAUAGAGAGAGUGCGUACAAGGCCUAUGAAGAAGUCGUAGGAGCAUAUAAGGAAAUAUUUGACUUGUUAGGAUUGGAUUAUGCUAUGGUAGAAGCUGACACCGGAAAUAUUGGUGGUGAUAAAUCACAUGAGUUUCAAGUUCUCUCAGAAGUUGGAGAGGAUUUUAUUUGCAAAUGUAACUGUGAGAACAGGUACUCUGCAAAUAUUGAGAAAGGAGUGGGAGCUCCAUCAGAUGCAUUCUCAACAAUUGAUUUAAAUUAUACAAGAGAAGUUAAGAAUUUUUCUACUAACUUUGAUACGAUCAUGCGAUUGUUGGAAGAGCCAUCUUCAGAGUUGGAUGCUUUUUAUACAUGCACUGAACCAGUGAGGCAUGUACAUGGAUCAAGAGCGGGUUAUACAAGAGUAGUAAUUGUUACUCGCAAGGGAGACGAACCCAAUGAUAUCAAGGUUAAAGAUAUGAUUAAGAAUGUUGAAAAUGUUGAAAUUAAUGUUGCAGAAAUUGUACCAAUAGCCACUGUGAAAGACUCUAUCAAACAAAAAUCGAACUCUCGAUUGCUGAUAAUGGUUGAUUCAUACGUAGAUCCAAAUAUUUUAACAAAAUUGAAUGUAGAAGAUGGAGGAGUGCUUGGUGUAAAAUCUAUUUUCAGAAAAGUCAAGACCAAUGAUAUUUGUAUUAGCAAUACUCCAGGAUGCAAAAAUACACACAUGACCAUCAAGAAGGGAAUUGAAAUAGGCCAUGUGUUUUACUUGGGAAAAAAGUAUAGUGAACCUAUGAAACUGUAUAUUGCUAAUGACAAAGGAAAAAGAGACUUUGCAGAAAUGGGAUGUUAUGGCAUUGGUGUUUCUAGAUUAUUCCAAGCAAUAGCUGAAACUCAUCGAACAGACAAGGGUAUUUGUUGGCCAAUGAUUAUUGCUCCAUUUAGAGCUUCUAUCAUUCCUAUAGUUCCAACUGCAAACAUGCUUAAUAAUUGUUCACCUGAAGAGGUCGAAGCAAAACGUCAACAGAUUAUCGAAUCAUCAGAAGAUGUUUAUCAUCAAUUGAAUUCUCUGAGUGCAUUUAAGGGAGAAAUAUUAUUUGAUGAUCGUUUAAAGGAAAGACCACCUGUCAAAAUGUUUGAUAUGGCACGAUUUGGUGUACCUUAUUUCGUUGUGAUUGGAAAGGAUUUGUUAGAAUCGGGUGUUGUUGAGGUACAAGAUAGAGCCAAAAAUCAAAGCACAAAGAUGACUAUACCUGAAGUCAUCAAAUUCUUUGAGCAAGAGUCUGCAAAGUUUGAAGAACAGAUGAGCAAAUUCUAA